AUGGAUAAAAAAAAUGAAAAUUGUAUACCAUCAUAUUUAAAAUUUUCACCAAGUUAUAAUUAUAUUCAUACAGAUAAAGUUAAAUUACCAACUAGAUUAAAUAAACAUGAUUCAGAACCUCGAUUACAAGUCAGUGACGAUGGACUAAUAAUUCGUUGUAAAUCAGAUGGAUAUGGUGACGCUGGUGCUAUAAGAGCAAACCGUUACGUGCCACCCGAACUCGGAUUAUUUUAUUACGAAAUAGUUAUAAUUGAUAGAGGUGUUCAUGGACGCAUUGGACUUGGAUUUUGUGAACCGGACAUACCAUUAAAUAGUAUGCCAGGAUGGAAUUGUAAAUCAUAUGGGUAUCAUGGAGAUGAUGGUAAAUCCUAUUAUACUGGUGAGAAAUAUGGCCCAGUAUUUACCACCGGUGAUACGAUAGGUGUCGGAAUUAAUUUUUUAAAUAAUACUAUUUUCUUCACUAAGAAUGGUUUACACUUGGGAACGGCAUUUACUCGUGUUAAAAGUAAUAAUCUCUAUCCUAUGAUUGGUAUGGGAAGUUCAAGAGAAAGUAUUCAAAUAAAUUUUGGUCAAAAGAAAUUUAUGUUUGAUAUUUACGAAUAUGCAAAAGUAGGCUUUUGA